AUGCUUCCACUGGCUCCUCCUCAUCCUUGCCUUUUUUUUGUUCAAUUGCUCUAUUCCCCCUCAUUUCAGUCUCUCAAUUUACAUGAAUUGUGUUUGAAUUAUCUAAUUAUUGCUCUCUUGCUCUGUCCUCUCCUCUCUUCUCUCCCGCUGAAACUGCUCGAGACUAAGAAACCUGAAAUUUUUAUUCAAGAUUUGCUUGUCAACUUUUUGAACAUUGUGGUGAGUUUUGACACUGAUUUUGGUGGAAUUCGGAUUGUUUAUCGCUCUGGCGUUGGUGAGGCUCGUGGUGUCGAGCUUCGUAAUGUUAUGGAAGCCAUGGAUGUGCUAGGAAUACUUGAUUAUGGGCUUGCAAGGACCGCUGACUUAUUCAUCAAGCAUGUCAUUGCUCCUGCAGUGAAAUUUAACUCCCCUGUUUCGUUUCUGGAAGAAUCUAGUGGUAGCUUGGUCGAGAGCAGUGACAAAAUCUUGAAGAUAGUCUCAAGUCUAGAGCCGAAGACAGAUGACAUUGAUAGCGAUGCUCUAUUCUCAAGAAUGACGAUAGUUGUUAAGUUUAUCCACCAGUAUAUAUGUCUUGAAAAUGGUCCUUGGAUGCGUUGUUUCGGAAGGUUGCGUGGCCAAGAAUGUCUGAGCUUAUUAUUUCUAACUUCCUCUCAAAGGAGAUUAUGUUCAUUUCCAAAUCUGAUAAGAAUGAUGAAAGAUUAAGCAACUUUGCUGAUAACGUGGAGGUACACUUUGCUGUGAGGAAAAAGAGAGAAAUGCUGGCAAAUGCUAGACAGUUGAUUCUACGAUGUGACUUUACUGUUCCAGAAGUCAACUCUCAUUCAACCUGUCUUAUAUCUUUGUGCUCAUCUGCUGGAAUUACGUACUAACAAUUAGCUCUCAGGAGUUUAGCAGCAAAGGACCUAAGUUCGGAAAUAACAGAUACACUGAUUGUGCUGUCAAUUUGCUAUUUUCGUCAGAGAAGUGUAUAGUGUCCCUUGCUGCUUGUCAGUUGAUGAAGUUGGUGCAUCAAACACUUCAAGUUUGCAUUUCAAUGAGUGGAGAUCCUUUCACCGAUGAGCAAAUUGAUGAAAUACGAGACAAAUGGGCAUCAUACUUCACCGAACAUUGUGUGUAAUUAACGCUUCAUUGAUCUCUUCUUGUGGAUGUUUCGUGCUACUAAAAUCAUAUAUAAUUGCCUUAUUAUAUUUUUGGUGCAAUUUUGUAACGUACGAAGUGUAAAAGAUAUAGUUAUUAUAGAUUUGAAACUAUUUAGGUGGUUUAUUUUUUUAAACAUAUAUAUGAUGGUUAACUUAUAUGUAAAAAUCAAUGUUUCGGAAAGUUAUUGGUGGUUGAUGACACUUUUGAACGUUGUAUAAAU